GUCGCCAAAACAGACUUGAACUUUCACAUCGAUCAAGUCGAAAUGAAUAAGACAAGGGCUAUUGUUACCAGUCAGAAACAGGAAGUGUUGGAUGUCAUCCGGCACAGUUUCAUUACAUGUAUCACACAAGAUGAUGAGCUAAAAAUGCUUUCGAUUGAGAACAUGCAAAAAGUAAUUGCAGGACCGUUCAUUGAGAACAUGUUAUGCGUACCACCUGGAAAACAACUUAAUAUGGUUUUGAUUGGGAAAACGGGGAUAUGGCAAAACCUCAACGUUGAAUUCCAUACACUAUUUAAAAGAUCGGAAUAAAUCAUGUGCCGUUCCAUUCGGCAUGGAUUCAAGCACACGCAAAGCCUACAAGUCAGAGGCGUACGCUGAAACUCGCUUGAUUAAUGUGGUUGACACUGAAGGUUUGUUUAACACCGAGUUUAAAGAAAGUAAACAAAUAAUUGCUGAUGCGGUACGAGCAUUAACAGACGGUGUCAUGAAAUUUGACAGUCAGUUUUCCUUGGGCUUUGUUUAUCCUUACGGAACCCGAUUUUCAGAUGAAGAUCGUAAUACGAUUAACCUGAUCAAAACAGUUUUGGGAGACGAUGCUUUAAGUAAGCAUGCGGUUUUAAUUUUCACUCACGGUGAUGAUUUUAAAAGAUACAACAACGUUACUUUUGAAAUUUGGUUGCAGAAGAAUCCUUCUUUUAAUGAUUUGUUAAAAGAAUGCGGCAACAAAUAUGUUUUAUUUGAUAACGUAACCACUGACUUAGAUGUAAAGAAAGCUCAGUUAUUGAAACUAGUGAGACAUUUGGAUCAGUUAUCCCUGAAUCCUUUCACCAACGAAAUGUUUCAAGAAGCCAAACUAUUGAGAGCUGGGAAAAUACAAAACGACAAAACGUUCAAAUUAGAAACUCUGGACAUCACCCUGGAAAUAAUCGAUUAUUUUAAGACCUGGAAGACAGGCACUAAAGUUGAGGAUAGAAUAAAAGAAAGCAUAAACAGCUUGAGUACCAUACUGAAUGAAGAAUCAAGCAAUGUGAAAAUAAAUUCACUUUGCAAAAAUUUAAAUUACAUGAAGAAUGAAUUGCAACGAAAUAAAAUUCCUAAGGCUAGUGGUGUUGAAAGAUUAAUCCAAGAGCUUAAAGAUACCUCGGCUUUUUAUCAAGAAGUAAGGGCACAAAUCGAAGAAUCCUUUACAAGUCGAUUGGCUAAAAAAUGCCAAAUUUUAUAAUAUUCACCAAUCUUUUUGUUAAAGUACAACCUUUUCUGAUAAAGAAACGGCUCAGUAGUAGGUUUUUUAGUCUUUUAUAUAAUCAUAAUUUAUUCGAAUUUUUAAUUAAUUAAGAUAAUUGAUUUAAUACAGGCAGACAAAAAUAUGAUGUAGC